AUGCAGCAUACAAGUUACAUGCAUACGUAUGUAUUCAUUUUUUGUCGUCAUCAUCAUCCCCACUUUACUACAAAGUUAUUAGUUUGGUUACGAAUUAGCAAACUAAUUAUGAUUGCUCCUUAAUUCUCCUCCGCCAACACCUUCAUUUCAUUCUCCGUCUUAACUCACUAAAUAAUUUUUAUCACGUCACGCACCUCAAAAACGUUAUUCUCCGUCUGAUAAAUUUAAUUACGUUUAUUCUUCCCUAAAAUGGAGGAAUCCCUUCUGAUUUUUGCAAUACCUGCAUUUUUUGUAGUUGUGUGCCUCUUAUUUAUAACAGGUAACCACUUCUACUACAAGUUUAAGGCCUCGAAGGAGCACAGAAUGACGGGAAAAGUGUCGAUCAUUAACAUCAACAAUGUUGCAAAUUCUACAACGCCAAAUUCCAACUCGAAAUCCGCUCGGAAACAUAGGAACAGGAGAAGGUCACAAUCUCCUUCACGUUCUCCACCUGCAAAUAGGAAAGAGAUCACAACGAUGGACAACUUUAGCAACAUUUCACCCGUAGUCCACCUCAACCAGAGUGACUCCCCUCCAUCUUACAACAGCUUGUUUUUCGAAUCUGACAAUCAACUUCAAGUCCCAGCCGAAACAUUUGGAUGCAACAAUUGGCUGCAUCCCAACUCUGCGAGGACAGUGAUUCGUGGACAAGAAAACAAGGAAAAUCUGUCGUCCAACAAUUACGCAAUUCUAUACCUCUAAGCAAAUACCAUGCAAGAUAAUUAAUAAUGCAUAUCAUUUAUAACCUGACUAUUCCAACAACCAUUAUGCCAGUUUAUUUAUACAUAAAUAAUACGUACAAACAUGUAAAUGUAUCGGGUUUAUGUAAAUAUUUAGUAGGUAAUUAAUGAAUAAUUUGUUUUAUCUAAUAAAUUGUGUUGCUCACGGAA